UAAUGAUGAUGAUUAAUGAAGUAAUGGAAUUAACCAAGUGAGAUUUGCAUUUGCUUUUUAUCAUGUCAGAUUUCUUCUUUGUGGGUUCCACAAGAAUGUGACUUCUCCCUGAGUCUAUGGAGUGCUUUGGAUGAAAUACUCGGGACCAGCAAGAAGAGCGGUCACUAAGUGGGAUUCAGAAGCCGCUGAGAGAAGACGCGACUUGUGUACUGCGUACGUACCUACCUUAUUUGUGAGUGCGUGUGGCCAAGCCAGUCGUACAAACUUUGCCAGUUUCAUUCCAAGAUACAUUCCCUCGGAAGCGACCAUCGGACGAUUUCGUAUUGCCUAUUUGAUCAUCUUCGGUCUCCGUUUCAUCCUGCGGUCUCUCUAUCCGAGUCUGAUUUAAAAAAAAGCAAGGCCUUCACCGAUAUAAUUACCGCCUCGAUGC